CGAAAAAGGAGAGUGUGUUGGUGCGCUCGUGAAAAAGUCGAACAUCGCAAAAACGUUUUGCUGGAACGCGUUUUAAUCUGUGAAAUUUUCCCAUUUUUCCACGGAAAACCUCCACCAAACCAAUGCUAAAUCAGUGAAUUUUGUGCAUUAGCGGACGCCAAAACCGGAACAACAAUGGCUCUUCCGCCGUACAUGAUUCCACCCAAUCAAUGGGCCGCCCAUAUGAUGGCCCAGCAGCAGGCCUUCGCGGUGCAGCAAGCUCAGGCUCAACAGCAGCACCAAGCGGCUGCGGCUCAGAUGCAUGCGCAGCAGUUGGCCGCAACGCAGAUGCAGAUACCGCCCCCGAUGGGGCACAUUCCGCCGCCGGGGCCACCCAAGCCGGAUCCGGUUCUGUCGGAGGAAAAACUUAUGGAGAAGGCUCAAAAGUGGCAACAGCUGCAAACGAAGCGGUUUGCCGAAAAGCGGAAGUUUGGAUUCAUCGAUGCCCAGAAGGAGGACAUGCCGCCGGAGCAUAUCCGGAAGAUUAUCAGAGACCAUGGUGACAUGACCAGUCGGAAGUACCGUCAUGACAAGCGAGUGUAUUUGGGGGCACUGAAGUAUAUGCCUCACGCGGUUAUGAAGCUGCUUGAGAAUAUGCCCAUGCCGUGGGAACAGAUUCGGGACGUGCCGGUUCUGUAUCACAUCACCGGAGCGAUUACCUUUGUGAAUGAGAUUCCUUGGGUGAUUGAACCGGUUUACAUUGCCCAGUGGGGUACUAUGUGGAUUAUGAUGCGUCGAGAGAAGCGUGAUCGUCGUCACUUCAAGCGGAUGAGAUUCCCGCCGUUCGACGACGAAGAACCUCCGCUGGAUUACGCGGACAACGUACUGGAUGUGGAACCGUUGGAAGCCAUUCAGAUCGAAUUGGACACCGAAGAAGAUGCCAGUGUGCACGAUUGGUUCUACGAGCAUCGACCGUUGAUCGGAACACCGUAUGUAAACGGGUCGACCUACCGGAAGUGGAAUCUGGCGUUGCCUCAAAUGGCCACGCUCUAUCGAUUGGCCAACCAGCUGCUGACCGACUUGGUGGACAGCAACUUCUUCUAUCUGUUCGAUCCUAAAAGUUUCUUCACGGCCAAGGCGCUGAAUAUGGCUAUUCCGGGAGGACCGAAGUUCGAGCCGCUCAUCAAGGACCACAACGUCGGGGACGAAGAUUGGAAUGAAUUCAACGACAUUAACAAGAUCAUCAUCCGUCAACCGAUUCGAACGGAGUACAGGAUCGCUUUCCCGUACCUGUACAAUAAUAUGCCGCAUUUUGUGCAUCUUUGCUGGUAUCAUACUCCGAACGUGGUCUUCAUCAAAACCGAAGAUCCGGAUUUGCCAGCGUUCUAUUUCGAUCCGUUGAUCAAUCCGAUUGCCCAUCGUCACGCUGUCAAGUCCGCUGAACCCCUGCCGGAUGAUGACGAGGAGUUCACUCUGCCAGAGGAAGUUCAGCCGUUCCUUCAGGACACCCCUCUUUACACGGACAACACAGCGAAUGGAAUAUCGCUCCUGUGGGCACCCCGUCCGUUUAAUAUGCGCUCCGGACGUUGUCGACGAGCCAUUGACAUUCCACUGGUUAAGAACUGGUACAAGGAGCAUUGUCCUCCUAACCAUCCGGUCAAAGUUCGGGUCAGCUAUCAAAAGCUGCUCAAGUACUAUGUACUGAAUGCGCUGAAGCAUCGUAAGCCGAAACCUCAGAAGAAGCGCUACCUGUUCCGCUCGUUCAAGGCGACCAAGUUCUUUCAAACCACCACGCUGGAUUGGGUGGAAGCUGGGCUCCAGGUGUGUCGCCAGGGUUACAACAUGCUGAAUCUGUUGAUCCAUCGUAAAAAUCUUAACUACCUUCAUCUGGAUUACAACUUCAAUUUGAAACCGGUGAAAACUUUGACCACAAAAGAACGUAAAAAGUCCCGUUUCGGUAAUGCGUUCCAUCUGUGUCGGGAGAUCCUGCGUCUGACCAAGUUGAUCAUCGAUUCCCACGUGCAGUACCGGUUGAACAACGUGGAUGCGUUCCAGCUGGCCGAUGGACUGCAGUACAUUUUCGCUCACGUUGGCCAACUGACCGGAAUGUAUCGGUACAAGUACAAGCUGAUGCGGCAGAUCCGCAUGUGUAAGGAUUUGAAGCACUUGAUCUACUAUCGGUUCAAUACGGGCCCCGUCGGUAAAGGUCCUGGUUGCGGUUUCUGGGCACCCGGAUGGCGCGUCUGGUUGUUCUUUAUGCGUGGCAUCACCCCACUGUUGGAGCGUUGGUUGGGAAAUUUGCUCUCGCGUCAGUUCGAAGGUCGUCACUCGAAGGGUGUUGCCAAGACGGUCACCAAACAGCGUGUCGAAUCGCACUUCGAUUUGGAAUUGCGUGCCUCGGUCAUGCACGACAUCGUGGAUAUGAUGCCGGAAGGUAUCAAACAAAACAAGGCCAGAACCAUCUUGCAGCACUUAUCGGAAGCGUGGCGCUGCUGGAAGGCCAACAUCCCCUGGAAGGUACCAGGACUGCCGAUCCCGAUUGAAAACAUGAUCCUUCGGUACGUCAAGAUGAAGGCCGAUUGGUGGACCAACACUGCCCACUACAACCGGGAACGUAUCCGUCGCGGCGCCACAGUUGACAAAACCGUUUGCAAGAAGAAUCUUGGACGACUGACACGUCUUUAUCUGAAGGCUGAACAAGAACGACAGCACAACUACCUAAAGGAUGGUCCGUACAUUUCCCCCGAGGAAGCAGUUGCCAUCUACACUACAACGGUCCACUGGCUGGAAUCCCGCCGAUUUGCGCCGAUUCCGUUCCCUCCGCUCUCGUACAAGCACGACACCAAGCUGCUGAUUUUGGCACUGGAAAGAUUGAAGGAGGCGUACAGCGUCAAGUCACGUUUGAACCAGAGCCAACGCGAAGAGCUGGGAUUGAUCGAGCAGGCGUACGAUAACCCUCACGAGGCCCUGUCCAGAAUCAAGCGUCAUCUGCUGACGCAGCGUGCAUUUAAAGAGACUGGAAUCGAAUUCAUGGAUUUGUACAGCCACCUCAUUCCGGUGUACGACGUCGAGCCGUUGGAGAAGAUUACCGACGCCUAUCUGGAUCAGUAUCUGUGGUACGAGGCGGACAAACGGCGAUUGUUCCCGCCGUGGAUUAAACCGAGCGAUACGGAACCACCACCGCUGUUGGUGUACAAGUGGUGCCAAGGCAUCAACAAUCUGCAGGAAGUAUGGGACGUCUCCGAGGGCGAGUGCAACGUCCUGCUGGAAUCCCGCUACGAAAAACUGUACGAGAAGAUCGAUUUGACCCUGCUGAAUCGACUGCUGCGUCUGAUCGUGGAUCACAACAUUGCCGAUUACAUGACGGCCAAGAACAACGUGGUCAUCAACUACAAGGACAUGAACCACACCAACAGUUACGGAAUCAUUCGGGGACUGCAGUUUGCCUCGUUCAUUGCCCAGUACUAUGGGUUGGUGUUGGACUUGCUGGUGCUCGGUUUGCAGCGGGCUAGCGAGAUGGCCGGCCCACCGCAGAUGCCGAAUGAUUUCCUAACGUUCCAGGAUGUGGCCACCGAGUCGUGCCACCCGAUUCGGUUGUACUGUCGGUACGUGGAUCGGAUUCAUAUUUUCUUCCGGUUCACGGCGGAGGAAGCGCGGGAUUUGAUUCAGCGGUAUCUGACGGAACAUCCGGAUCCAAAUAACGAGAACAUUGUGGGAUAUAAUAACAAGAAGUGCUGGCCUAGGGACGCAAGGAUGCGGUUGAUGAAACACGACGUCAACUUGGGUCGGGCCGUGUUCUGGGACAUCAAGAAUCGUUUGCCGCGAUCGGUGACAACGGUUCAGUGGGACAACACCUUUGUGUCGGUUUAUUCCAAGGAUAAUCCCAAUCUGCUGUUCAACAUGUGCGGAUUUGAGUGCAGGAUCCUUCCCAAGUGCAGAACUCAGAACGAGGAAUUCACUCAUAGGGACGGCGUUUGGAACUUGCAGAACGAAGUGACCAAGGAACGUACGGCACAGUGUUUCUUGAGGGUGGAUGACGAGUCGUUGUCCCGAUUCCACAACCGUGUUCGUCAGAUUCUGAUGGCAUCCGGUUCGACAACCUUCACGAAGAUUGUGAACAAGUGGAACACUGCUCUGAUCGGAUUGAUGACUUACUUCCGCGAGGCUGUGGUCAACACGCAGGAAUUGCUUGAUUUGUUGGUGAAAUGCGAGAACAAGAUCCAAACCCGUAUCAAGAUCGGUCUGAACUCCAAAAUGCCCUCGAGAUUCCCGCCGGUGGUGUUCUACACGCCGAAGGAGCUGGGUGGAUUGGGUAUGUUGAGUAUGGGUCACGUGCUGAUUCCCCAGUCAGAUUUGAGGUGGUCCAAGCAAACCGAUGUAGGCAUUACCCAUUUCCGAUCUGGAAUGUCCCACGACGAGGAUCAGCUGAUUCCGAACUUGUACCGAUACAUCCAACCGUGGGAAAGUGAGUUCAUCGAUUCGCAACGAGUCUGGGCUGAGUACGCUCUGAAGAGGCAGGAAGCAAAUGCGCAGAACAGACGGUUGACGUUGGAGGAUUUGGAGGACAGCUGGGAUCGUGGUAUUCCUAGGAUUAACACCCUGUUCCAGAAGGAUCGUCACACGUUGGCCUACGACAAAGGUUGGAGAAUCCGGACAGAGUUCAAGCAGUAUCAGGUGCUGAAGCAGAAUCCCUUCUGGUGGACGCAUCAACGCCACGACGGUAAGUUAUGGAACUUGAACAACUAUCGAACGGACAUGAUUCAGGCCUUGGGCGGAGUAGAAGGUAUUCUGGAACACACGCUCUUCAAGGGAACCUACUUCCCCACGUGGGAAGGUCUCUUCUGGGAGAAGGCAUCUGGUUUCGAAGAGUCGAUGAAGUACAAAAAGCUGACCAACGCUCAGCGUUCCGGUUUGAACCAGAUUCCGAACCGUCGGUUCACCUUGUGGUGGUCACCUACGAUCAAUCGAGCCAACGUGUACGUCGGUUUCCAAGUGCAGCUAGAUUUGACCGGUAUAUUCAUGCACGGUAAGAUUCCGACGUUGAAGAUUUCUCUGAUUCAAAUCUUCAGAGCUCACUUGUGGCAAAAGAUCCACGAAUCGAUCGUUAUGGAUCUGUGCCAGGUGUUCGAUCAGGAGUUGGACGCAUUGGAGAUUGAAACGGUCCAGAAAGAGACCAUCCAUCCUAGGAAGUCGUACAAGAUGAACUCAUCCUGUGCCGAUAUUUUGCUGUUCCCGGCUUACAAAUGGAACGUGUCACGGCCGUCUCUCUUGGCAGAUACCAAGGACACCAUGGACAAUACGACAACUCAGAAAUAUUGGUUGGACGUUCAGCUCCGCUGGGGAGACUACGAUUCCCAUGAUGUUGAACGAUACGCCAGAGCCAAGUUCUUGGACUACACGACGGAUAACAUGUCCAUCUACCCGUCUCCGACAGGUGUUCUAAUCGCGAUCGAUUUGGCCUACAAUCUGCACAGUGCCUAUGGUAAUUGGUUCCCGGGUUGCAAACCGUUGAUCCAGCAAGCCAUGGCAAAGAUCAUGAAAGCCAACCCGGCCUUGUAUGUACUUCGGGAACGUAUUCGUAAGGCACUGCAGCUGUACAGUUCAGAACCUACUGAACCCUAUCUGUCCUCGCAAAACUACGGAGAGUUGUUCUCGAAUCAAAUCAUCUGGUUCGUAGACGACACCAAUGUGUACCGAGUAACAAUCCACAAGACAUUUGAAGGUAACUUGACAACCAAACCUAUCAACGGCGCUAUCUUUAUCUUCAAUCCACGAACGGGACAGUUGUUCUUGAAGAUCAUUCACACGUCCGUCUGGGCUGGUCAGAAACGUUUGGGACAGUUAGCCAAGUGGAAGACCGCUGAAGAAGUAGCUGCUUUGAUUCGAUCGCUUCCGGUUGAAGAACAGCCGAAGCAGAUCAUUGUCACUCGUAAGGGUAUGUUGGAUCCACUUGAGGUGCAUUUGCUCGAUUUCCCAAACAUCGUGAUUAAGGGCUCCGAACUGCAGCUGCCUUUCCAAGCUUGCUUAAAGGUUGAAAAGUUUGGUGAUCUUAUCCUGAAGGCAACCGAACCCCAAAUGGUUCUGUUCAACCUGUACGACGAUUGGUUGAAGACAAUUUCUUCGUACACCGCCUUCUCUCGAUUGAUCUUGAUCCUGCGUGCUUUGCAUGUCAACACCGAGCGAACCAAGGUCAUCCUGAAACCGGACAAAACUACGAUCACUGAAGCUCACCACAUUUGGCCAACUCUCAGCGAUGAAGAAUGGAUCAAGGUCGAAGUUCAACUUAAAGAUCUGAUCCUUGCCGAUUACGGCAAGAAGAAUAACGUCAACGUUGCGUCUCUGACCCAGUCGGAAAUCCGUGACAUCAUUCUUGGCAUGGAAAUCUCUGCUCCAUCAGCCCAGCGGCAACAGAUCGCCGAAAUUGAGAAACAAACCAAGGAACAAUCCCAACUCACCGCUACCACCACCAGAACUACCAACAAACAUGGAGACGAAAUUAUCACAUCCACGACCAGUAACUACGAAACCACAACAUUCAGUUCCAAAACCGAAUGGCGCGUCCGAGCCAUCUCAGCCACGAACCUUCACCUCCGUACGAACCACAUCUACGUCAGCUCGGAUGACAUCAAAGAAACCGGUUACACCUACAUUCUACCGAAAAACAUUCUCAAGAAAUUUGUCACCAUUUCGGAUCUUCGUGCCCAAAUUGCCGGCUAUCUGUACGGUGUAAGUCCUCCAGAUAACCCUCAGGUCAAGGAAAUCCGUUGCAUUGUGAUGCCUCCACAGUGGGGUACCCAUCAACAGAUCAACCUCCCGAACACCCUCCCCACGCACCAGUAUCUCAAAGACAUGGAACCCCUCGGAUGGAUCCACACCCAGCCAAACGAGUUGCCCCAGCUUUCCCCACAGGACAUUACCACCCACGCCAAGAUCAUGUCUGAGAACACCACCUGGGACGGAGAGAAAACCAUCAUCAUCACCUGUUCCUUCACGCCCGGUUCCUGUUCCCUGACGGCCUACAAACUUACCCCCUCCGGGUACGAAUGGGGUCACAAGAACACCGACAAGGGCAACAACCCCAAGGGAUAUCUCCCGUCGCACUACGAGCGUGUCCAGAUGCUGCUGUCUAACAAAUUCCUCGGAUUCUUCAUGGUGCCGGCGCAGGCCAGCUGGAACUACAACUUUAUGGGCGUGAGGCACGACCCGAACAUGAAGUACGAACUGCAGCUGGCCAAUCCGAAGGAGUUCUAUCACGAGGUGCAUCGGCCGUCACAUUUCCUGCUGUUCUCCAGUUUGGAGGAAGGUGCCGACGGAAACGGUGCCGAUAGGGAGGAUCUCUUCGCGUAAAUCCGGUUGGGAAGUGAAUGUGAGAGCGUGCGUCUGUUUGAGUUUUAGUUUAAGGUUAUAUAUAAAUUACUUUACUAUUACCUAUGUAAAUAGUCGCUUGGCUCUUUGACGGUAUCUUUAAUAAAAAGUUUAAAAUAAUA